GAGAAGGUUUGAGGUUCUGAGUUCGUUAAAAAGAGCUGUAUUAGGAGGGUCUUUAAAGUCACCAUUCUUACCUCUUUGCAAGUGAGAGAGGGGCCACAGAGGGGGCAAUGGGAGGUUUGAUGUAAUCCUUCUGCAUGGGUUUGGAAGAGCCACCGGCUGCACCUCCCACCUCCCCAAAUUCCACACCUUUCUUUUUUUUUAACAUCUUUAUUAGAGUAUAAAUGCUUUACAAUGUUGUGUUAGUUUCUGCUGUACAAAAAAGUGAAUCAGCUAUAUGUACACAUAUAUCCCCAUAUCCCAUCCCUCUUGCGUUUCCCUCCCAGCCUCCCUAUCCCACCCUUCUAAGUGGUCACAAACCACUGAGCUGAUCUCCCUGUGAGAUGCAGCUGCUUCCCACUAGCUAUCUGUUUUACAUUUGGUAGUGUAUAUAUGUCAUUGCUACUCUCUCAUUUCGUCCCAGCUUACCCUUCCCCCUCCCCUUGUCCUCAAGUCCAUUCUCUACGUCUGCAUCUUUAUUCCUGUCCUGCCCCUAGGUUUGUCAGAAACUUUUUUUUUUUAGACUGCAUAUAUAUGUGUUAGCAUAUGGUAUUUGUUUUCUCUUUCUGACUUACUUCACUCUGUAUGACAGACUCUAAGUCUAUCCACCUCACUAUAAAUAACUCAAUUUCAUUUCUUUUUAUGGCUGAGUAAUGUUCCAUUACAUAUAUGUGCCACAUCUUCUUUAUCCAUUCAUCUGUCGAUGGACACUUAGUUUCCUUCCAUGUUCUGGCCAUUGUAAAUAGAGCUGCAGUGAACAUUGGGGUACAUGACUCUUUUUUUUUUUUUUUUUUUUUGCGGUACACGGGCCUCUCACUGUUGUGGCCUAUCCCGUUGCGGAGCACAGGCUCCGGACGCGCAGGCUCAGUGACCAUGGCUCACGGGCCCAGCCGCUCCGCAGCAUGUGGGAUCUUCCCAGACCGGGGCGUGAACCCGUGUCCCCUGCAUCGGCAGACGGACUCUCAACCACUGCGCCACCAGGGAAGCCCAGGACUUUUGAUUUUAAAAGUGGGGCAAUAGGAGAAGGAUGAGACCAGAUGGUAUUUUAACAAUAAUAGCAAAUACACAGUACCCUGUGCCAGGCAUAGGCGUGGUGCUUUGCAGACGUUAACUAGUGUGAUAUUUGUAACACAGCAGCUCUGUGAGGCAGGACCAGUGUUAUCCUCAUUCUACAGAUGAUGAAACUGAGGCCCAGAGAGGCCCAGUCACUUACCCAAAGUCACAUGACUAGCACAGGACAGAGCUGGGGUUGAAACCCAGGCGGCAGGCUCAGUGUCCUGAGCCUGCGCAGCGCCAGAGUUAUGCUGGAAAACGGAAGGACAGGCAUUAGGAAGCAUGGGGAAGCUUUAAAUGCAUCGAUGUCACUCAUCAAAGUGAGUCAUUCGGCCAGACUAAAUCCCUGACCCUGAUUCUGUUGCCUUCGGGGGCAGUGAGUGGGUGAGGAGCUCCCUUGGAGCCUAGAGGAAAUAGGCGGGCUGUCUCUGAGGAUCUGGUAGAGUGAGUAAUUGCUGUCUCUGCAAGUGAGCUGCAGGCAGAGGCCAGGCUCAGAACUCUCUUGGUGAGGAGGGGCUCGGGGUCAGCUGGGAUUUCAGUGACUACAGCCAACUCUCAGAACAACUCAGAAAAGACAGCUGCGUCAGCAGCAGGCAGCCAACUCUUCACUGCCCUCCCAGAGGGCACGCCUAGAUGACGUAAGCUUCCUCAGCAGCAAGAUAGAAUAAAGGUAGCUUUAAGAAGGACUUCCCAGAGAAUGAUUCGACACAGUGGGCAGUGGCAUGGAAGGUAAACUUGCUAAUGAGAGGCAAUGAUAAAAGUCAUCUGUGUUGAGUGGAUGGAGGAGCCAGACGUGUCCAGAGAUGGGGCUGGACCUGGUGCCUCCCUAGGGCAUUCAGUCGGUGAGACACGGAUUUGCCCCCAGAGGCUCCUACCCUCAGGCCUGAUACCAACUCCCUUCCAAACCCCACAAGCCCAACUAAAACAUUUUCCCUUGCCCAUUCCGCCAGAUAUGAAGAGGAGCUCUCCCUGCAGCCCUCUGCUGAGAAUGAGUUUGUUGCCUUGAAGAAGGUGAGGGAGGAUGGCCCAGGGAGGGAGAAGGCCCCCUGAGCUGGCCCACUGGGCCUGGGGACACUCAGCCCCUGGACCGUGUCCGAAUGUGCCUGCAGCCCGCCCACACCGCAGACCCUGGGAGAGAGGAAGGCCAGCCUCCCCUGCCCCUUGCAGAAGGACAGGGACUGACCUGGCCUCCACCUCCCAACUCAUGUUAAGGGUUGUAUUUACACCUGCCCAAGAAGCUGGAGAUGUUGCAAAUGCCAAAUCAAAGCCAAAACAAAGACUCUGACUCAAACUCCCAGAGAUGAAAAUCAUCUUGUUGAUCCCUCACAUAGAUAGCGAUGUAUUUUCUGGCCUGAGGUCCAUAGGGAGCUCUGAGGAAUGCAUUCAAGGCUCCUUUAACCCCAUUGUCUUCAGAUGCUUCCCCAUCAGAAUGCCAGGCCCAGGCAUGGGGUCCUGGGGCUGGGGACCCCUCACUCCAUCCUUGGCUUUGUCACCCCUUCCCUUCCACAUAGGCCUAAGUGAGGAAAGGUGGGUCCCACACCCGCCACCUGCUACCACCUUGCCUCGUGCCCAGCUGGCAGAGGGGUGGCCCCAGGUUACGACUGUCACUUCUCUGGCCGCAGGAUAUGGACACAGCCUUCCUGAUAAAGGCUGACCUGGAGACCAAUGUGGAGGUUCUGGUCCAGGAGAACGACUUCCUGAAAAGCUUAUAUGAGGAGGAGAUCAGCCUGCUGCAGUCUCAGAUCUCAGAGACCUCCAUCAUUGUGAAGGUGGACAAAAGCCAGGAGCUGCAGGCGGGCGGCAUCGUUUCCCAGAUCGAAGCCCAGUACGACAAAAUCGCCAGCCGCAGCAAAGCGCAAGCAGAGGCCUGGUACCAGAGCCGGUAUGAGGAGCUGCGGCUGACAGGCGGGACCCACUGUGACAACCUCCACAGCUGCAAGAACGAGAUUCUGGAAAUAAACAAGCUGAUUCAGUGGUUGCAGCAAGACAUUGAGAAUGUCAAAGCCCAGAUGAGGCCAUCACAGGGGUGCGCCAUGCCCGAGGCGGAGCAGCAGGGCGAGGCGGCCCUCAACGACGCCAAGUGCAAGCUGGCUGGGCUGGAGGAGGCCCUGCAGAAGACCAAGCAGGACAUGGCCUGCCUGCUCAAGGAGUUCCAGGAGGUGAUGAACUCCAAGCUGGGCCUGGACAUCGAGAUCGCCACCUACAGGCGCCUGCUGGAGGGCGAGGAGCACGGGUCAGUCAAGGAUGGGCACCAGGCUGCAUGAAGGUGUUGGGCCCGUGAAUAUCUCUGUGAACAGCUCCAAAGGCACAUCCUCUACGAGCCAAGUGUGGUCAGCACACCCAUGUACUGUCCAGGGGACACCAGCGUCCUCAAGAGCAGCGGGGGCUGCAGCAUCAUGGGUACGGUGAAAUCUACAUCCCCUGUGAGCCCCGGGGGCUACUGGGCUGUGGAAGCAGGUGGAGCUUCGGCAUGAAGCUAGGGGCUGGGGGUGGCUCCUCCUGCCACAAGUGUUAGUACAGCCCCAGAGGCUAGAAGCCCAGGGGACGGGGCACCAGCCCCCAGCCUGGAUGUUGUCCCCCUGCCACCAGGGUUGAAGACAAGGCUGUUCCAAAAUCCCACCUUCCUAUACUGAUCGAAGUUUUCCCUUGGGUUUUCUCCGUGAGCCGCCCGUCAGGUAUCUUCAAGAGUCACCUUUCACUUAGCUGUGUGCAGACCCUGCGCUAGGUCCUGGGGUGGGGGUGGGAUGCAAAGAACGAAAAUACAUCCGCCGUAUAUCUGGACCACUGACACUCAGGCUCUAGUGCGGCCAAGAGAAUGGCAAUGGCCCCCAAACACUUCUCUUCCCCAUGAGAAGGCCAAAUGGGCACAUCACAGCUCUGCUUUGUGGAUCGUCCCAUGGAACUUUCCCCACAAAGCCAGCCUCCCCCGACCCCGGGACAUUCCCCUCCUCUCUUACCUCGGUCUGUCAUGCGCCUAAAAAGUGAACUCCUUUUAACACCCACCUAAUACACGCACUAUUACAAAUAUCAAAAUACCCCCAAAUCCCAUUCCAAAUUCCCAAGCCAGGUGCCAGGAUUUCAGCUUCGCUCGGGACCUGUCCAUGCUCCUCUCAGUUAGCACACAGAAUCAAGAGGUGGUCUUUGGGCAGUAGAUUUACCUGCUCAGGUGUGUUGAACUGGCGCUAUAAAAAUACAUUUUUUCCUGCGCUCACAGUGGCAGCUGACGGCUAAGAAAUGCCUAGCACAAAGGCAAGGGGACAUGGAGUGUUUACUGAACAAAGGGACAAUGGAAUCAGCCCCACCCCUACCCUCUGCACGUAGCCAGCCCUGCCCUGCUCCCUCUCCUUUGAGUUCCUCUUGCUUUGGGUCGGAUAUGAAUGUGCUCUCCUGGCUGCAGCGAUACGGGGCUGCCUCAGCACACUCGGAGGCCCUGACUCAGGGGCUGCGAGGGGAGGGGAGGGGCUGAGCUGACCCCACCUCCCCAGAGCACAGCCCCUCCUCCCGAAUUGUGCUGCAUCUGCAGAAGCCCUGCCCACCCAGGGAUCCACGUCUCUGCCGUGAGCCUCUGGGCUUGUCUAUUGCCAAUCAACUGACUGUUCCCAGGCUACGGGAAUCAGGAGUAUUGGCCCUGCUCUGUGGAGGGCAACGAGGCUGAAGGGGAACUGAUGGGCAGCUUUGGGGAACUGGGGGCUGGUGCGGAGUGCGGGGUUGGGAGUGGAAAGAGAGGUUAUUAUACAAAAGGGAAAACUACAUAUGAAUGAUUGGCAAGUGGCCUGUGGAGUAAGUGGGGAGCCAUACAAAUUCCCCUUAAAACCUGCACAUCACACCCCAAUAGUUUGCAAGUCACCUGCCACGUUAAAAACCACAGCCCUAUUCCCCACAGACCUCCUCACCACAUGGUCCCCUGCAUAUGUCCUAGAGAAAGUCUGUCAUGUCUGUACUCGGCAGCCUCAAAGCCUGGGCUCUGCCUCCCCAGCCAGGUCCCCAGGCAGGGCAGGUGCAGACCUGGGGAAAGCAGGGAAGAUAGGCAGCAGACUGGCUAGGGCGGGGCACCCCCUAGCCUCCUCUCCCUCUCGGGAGCCCCAAGACCUGGAAAUGAGACUUGGUGGCAGCGGUUCCACCCUCUGCCUGACCCUGAUACCCUCCCCGUUGCCUCACUGAUCCCCUGUAACAAUCCCCCCACUACAGAUGCCCCCUUGUGGCUCCCCUCUCCUGAGCGCUGGGGUGCAUCUCCUCUUCCCCCACAGCCCCGCGUAGGGCAUCUCUUCUGUGCCAAGCCCCGCAUUAGAAGCUGGGGAUACAGAGGUGACUACAACAUGCUCGGAACCCUAGAGUGACUCAGCCUCACAGAGGAGUCAUAAGCAGUGACAGCCAGAGAGAAUGGAAACGACAAGGAGAAGCAACUUGUGAUUAUGCCAGGCAAGGAGAUCAGAGAGAAGCUCACAGAGAAGACUACAAGGACAGGGUCUGAAUGGACAAGGGUUACUGACGUAUGGGCAGCAUAUUAAAAAGAACCCACCCACUUGCGUUUUCAUUCACUCAAUAUAAUAUUUAUCAAGCACCUGUCAUGGGUCAGACCUCCCAGGGGCUGGUGUCUCUGUGGUGAACAAGGCAGCCCCAGCCAGGGCUGACCUACCAGUAGGGACAGUAGACACAGUUCCUAGAGCCCAUGGUAGGGACCAUAAACUGGUGCAGCCAUUUUGGAAAACAGUCCAGCAGUUCUUCAAAAUGUUAAACACAGAGUUACCAUGUGACCCAGCAAUUCCACUCCUAGGUAGAUACCCAAGAGAAAUGAAAACAUGUCCACACAAAAACUCGUACGUGAAUGUUUAUAGCAUCGCUAUUCACAAGAGCCAAGAGGUGGAAACAACCAAAAUGUCCAUCAGUGGAUGAAUGGAUAAUCAAAAUUUGGUCUCUCCAUACAACGAAAUAUUAUUUGGCCAUAAAAAGGAGUGAAGUACUAAUACGUGCUCCAACAUGGAUGGACCUUGAAAACAUGAGGGAGAUAAAAGAAGCCAGACACAGAGACCACAUAUUCUAUGAUUCCAUUCAUAGGAAAUUCCAGAUUAGGGCAAUCUACAGAGACAGAAAGCAGAUCUGUGGCUGCCUAGUGGGCUGGAGGGAAGAGGAGAUGGGGUGGCGGGGACAGCCAAAGGUUUCUUUUGAGGCGAUGAGAACAUUCUAAAAGGGACUGGGGUGACGGUUGCACUUAUCUGGGAAUAUACUAAAACCACUGAAUUGUAAUUUUCAAUGAGCGAAUUAUAUGAUAUGUGAAUUAUAUCUUAAUAAAGCUAUUUUUAAAAAAUG